AUGUCGGCACCGCCCGCCGAGCCGCUGCAGGACCUGGAACGGCCAGCCAGAAAACAGGUCGAGCGCCCGGUCAUCACCGAGCCGCAACGCGGCGCCGGCGCCGACGUCAACAUCUGGAGCGGCCGCCGCGCCGGCGAGCGCGCCCCGAAGCGCGGCGAGCGCGCGCGCUCUCAGUACCGCUGCCGCCCGGCCCUCGACACGGGCCGCACGCGCGGCAGUCAGGGGCGCGUCGGCACCUUCUGCAGCUACUUUGCGCGCGGCCUCUGCGCGGAGGGCCCGGCCUGCCGGUAUCUCCACCGCCUGCCGACGGCGGCGGACGCGGCGGCGCACGUGCGGGACAACAGCCAGGACAUCUUCGGGCGCGAGCGGCUGCCCGACCGCCUCGACAACCGCUGCGGCGCCGGGUCCUAUGAGGCUGCCGCGGCCGGCGCCGAGGCCGGCCAGCCGCGUGUUGCGCCGCCGGCGCGCAGUCGAAACGGCGGCAGCUCCUGGGCCACGCGCUCGGCUGAACGGGCGACGCGCCGCGUGACGCGCCGCCGCGCGGCGCGGUGUGCGUGUGCCGCGCCGCAGGACCGGGACAGCCGGACGCUGUACGUGGCGUACGGCGGCGCCGGCGGCUACGCGGCCGAAGAAGUCAAGCAUUUGCUGGUGCAGAACUUUGGCGUGUGGGGGCCCCUGCGCGGACCGCCGUUUGUCGUGCCGUCCAAGGCGAUCGCCUUUGUGCGGUACCACUGGCGCGCGAGCGCUGAGUUUGCCAAGGAGGCGAUGCACGGCCAGGGGCUGGACGGGUCAAAGUUCGACGUGAGCAGCGCUGUAGGGGAGGACCCAUGUCUGCUGCGUUGCCCUGGGCCGCAAGUGCUGCUGCUGCUGCUGCUGCUGCUGCUGCUGCUGCUGCUGCUGCUGCUGCUGCUGCUGCUGCUGCUGCUGCUGCUGCUGCUGCUGCUGCCGCCGCCGGAGGGGAGCACGCAGGAGGUGCUCGCGGUGCGCUGGGCGGACGACGACCCCAAUCCCGGCGCCGUGGCCGCGCGCAAGCGCGGCGCGGAGGACAUGCUCGAGGCGGCCAGCCUGGCGGCGUGGGACGCGCUGCCGGCGGAGGAGCGGCGCGCGCGGCUGGCGGCGCUGCAGCUGGCGCGGGGGCGCGCGCGCGGGGAGGUGGCGGCGGAGUACCCUGACACGGACGCACUGUACCAGCAGCAGCAGCAGCAGCAGCAGCAGCAGCAGGAGCAAGGGCAUCACGGGACACUGGGCGGUGCAGCAGCGGGUGCUGCAGGGGAGGAGGAGUAUGCAUAUCCAGACACCGACGCGCAGUAUGGUGGGGCGGAGGUGCAGCAGGCAGCGGCGGCUGGCGGCGCCUGGGCGUGGGACGCGGCGGCGGGGCAGUGGGUGUGGCAGUGGGCUCUGCAGCCUGGCGGGGCUGGCGCGGAGUCGGAUUGGGAGGCGUAUGCGCGGAAACAGCAGCAGGCGUGGCAGCAGCAGCAGCAGCAGCAGCAGCAGCAGCAACAGCAGCAGCAGCAGAAGCAGCAGCAGCAUCGGACAGAGCAAGGCCGGCGAUUGGAAACAAAUGCACCGGAAGGCAAGGACGGCGGCGAAGGCGCAGAGGCCCUGGGCUUGCUGGCAGCCUAUGGCAGCGAAAGUGAAAGCGAGGGGGGCGACAAGAAGAGCCCUGCAAAUGAACCCCAGGCGUCAUGA